UGCAAAAGUUCUUCCCAAAAGUGUGGGAGAAGAAGGAAGCUGAUAAGUCGAUGAAUCAGUAUUGUCAAUACGAUAGCCAAACCUUGACGAUGUGAACAUCGUCGCUCUAUUUGGCUGCUCUGAUUGCUUCCGUGGUAGCCGCCACCGUCACUCGUAAGCUCGGAAGGAAAUUGUCUAUGCUUUUCGGUGGUUGUCUCUUCUUUGUCCGAGCUCUUAUCGAUGGCUUUGCCAAAGCUGUUUGGAUGUUGAUUGUUGGUAGAAUGUUGCUUGGUUUUGGUGUCGGGUUUGCCAAUCAGUCUGUGCCACUCUACCUCUCAGAAAUGGCACCCUACAGAUAUAGAGGAGCAUUGAACAUUGGCUUCCAAUUAUCAAUUACAAUUUGUAUCUUGAUUGCCAACGUGUUGAACUAUUUCUUCGCUAAGAUCAAAGGUAGAUGGGGCUGGCGCCUUAGUUUGGGUGGGGCAAUGGUCCCUGCCCUUAUCAUCACAGUUGGAUCCCUACUCCUCCCGGACACACCGAACUCCAUGAUCGAACGUGGUCCAACCGAGGAAGCCAAGACCAAACUCAAGAAAAUUCGAGGGGUUGAUGAAGUCAACGAGGAGUUUAAGGAUCUUGUCGCUGCUAGUGAUGCAUCGAAGCUUGUUGAUCACCCUUGGACUAACUUGUUGCAGAGGAAAUACAGGCCUCAUCUAACCAUGGCCAUCCUAAUUCCCUUCUUCCAACAACUAACUGUCAUCAAUGUCAUUAUGUUUUAUGCUCCGGUUUUGUUCAACACAAUAGGUUUCCGAGAUGAUGCUUCCCUCAUGUCAGCAGUGAUCACUGGUAUUGUUAACGUUGUUGCAACAACGGAGUUCAAAUUGGUGGCGGCUUGUAUUGGUGCUAAGUUCGGAACUAGUGGAAACCCUGGUCAAUUGCCCCAGUGGCAUGCCAUUGUUGUGGUGCUCUUCAUCUGCGUUUACGUAGCCGGAUUCGCAUGGUCUUGGGAACCCCUGGGAUGGUUGGUGCCUAGUGAAAUUUUUCCAUUGGAAAUUCGAUCAGCUGCACAGAGUGUCAAUGUGUCGGUCAACAUGAUCUUCACAUUCGCCGUUGCUCAAGUGUUCUUAUCCAUGCUUUGCCACCUGAAAUUCGGACUGUUCCUUUUCUUCGCCCUCUUCGUCUUGUUGAUGUCCAUCUUUAUGUACUACUUCUUACCUGAGACGAGACGAAGGGCAUACCGAUAG